AGCCCAGUCUCCGGGUGGAGGAACACACGAUCCUUAGCCUGAAAUCACUCCCAUGUUCCCGCCGUUCUCCCACCUCCGCCGCCGCCUCCUCGCCGCGAUCCCUAACCCUAACCUCCUCCUCCGACCGUCGCGCUCUCUCUCCACCUCCACCACGCCGGCAACCCGCGCCCCCGCCACCCCGGUGGCCGUCCUCUGGGAUUUGGCCGCCUCCCGGCCCCCCUCCACCCUCCCCCUCUACGACGCCGCCGUGCGGCUCCACCUCGCCGCCACCUCCUUCGGCCGGGUCCGCCUCUCCGCCGCCUUCGUCCACCCCGGCCACCGCCUCCCUGCCCCGUCUCCGUCCGCCGCCGCGGCCGCCGUGCACCUCUGCCGCGUCUGCGGCCGCCGCUUCCGCGCCCGCGACACGCUGCUCCGCCACUUCGACGCGAUCCACGCCCGCGAGCACGCCAAGCGCCUCGCGCGGAUCGACUCCUCCCGCGGCGACCGACGCGUGCGCCUCGCCGCCGCGCUCUCCCUCAAGCUCUCCAAGUACGAGAAGGCCGCCCGCGAGCUCACCGCCGCCGCCGACCCCUGCUCCCCCGCCGACGACCUCCGCAGGGCCCGCGUCGCCGUCGAGCUCUCCCCGACCCCGUCCGUCUCCCUCCUUGAGCGCGCCCACGAGGUGCUCGACGGAGGGUCCGUUCGGUGCCUGAUGCUGGUCUCGGCCCGCGACGAGCUCGCUCCUCUGCUGCGCCUCGCGAGGGAGAAGGGCGUCCGGUCCGUGGUCGUCGGCGGGGAGUCCGGGCCGGCGAGGUGGGCUGACGUUGGGUUCAGCUGGGCAGAGGUGAUCGCCGGUAAGGCCAGGAAGGCGGCGCCGUCUGUGUCCGGCAAGUGGCGGGACAGGGACGUGCUCAAGAGGCUGGAAUGGAGGUACGACGACGACGACGAAGAGGUGGUGUUCGAGGAGGACGGUGACGAGGAUGGGAUCGAUGAGCUGACGAGGAAUUCCAAGGGGAAGCCAUGGUGGAAGCUGGAAUCGGAUGGCGAGGACUCCAGUGCUUGCCGUUGAAUGGUGAAUCGGUGAUGUCGCACACAAGGUGUUCGUCCAUUUGCUCCCGUGGAUCCUUCCAUCCAACAGAGGGAGUACUAUCAACCAGGUUGGGGACCUGGUGCUUUGCCUGACCAUUUCAAAAGAGUACUCUUACACACGUAACAGUAGUAAUUGUACGGAAGAUAUCUGUUCAGAUUAUUUGGACUGCCAUUCGUUCGCAUGAGAUGUGCUUUCCAAUAGCACCAACUCGUGUUUAACUACGUUUUUUUUUUUCGAGAAUGCGCAAAAGGCUUACUCAUCUUUUGUAUUAAGAUUUAGAGAAGUUUGAGAUUACAACAGCCACCC